AUGAUAGUCAAUGCUUCUUUGAAUUCUUCUUAUAUAUGGCGGCACUGUCAAGUACUAAAGCUAACUGAGAAUAUGAGAUUAAGAGUUGGUUGUCAGGAAGCAGAUUUGAAAGAAAUAAAGCAAUUUGGAGAAUGGAUUUUAAAGCUUGGUGAUGGUCUGCUUGGUGAAGAAAAUGAUGGUGAGAUUGAUAUUGAAAUACCAGAUGAUUUACUUAUUCAUGACCAAGUCAAUCCUAUUUCUUCUCUCAUUUCAUUUAUAUAUCCGGACAUGAAUAAGUUUUUGUGGGAUUUAACGUAUUUCCAACAAAGAGCGAUUCUUGCUCCAACUAAUGAAGUAGUGGAUUCAAUAAAUAAAGAGUUGUUAGAGAGUCUGCCUAGUGAAGAAAAGGUUUAUUUUAGUUCAGAUAGUUUAUGCCAAUCGAAGGAAGAAUCAGAGCUUAAUAUGGCAUUGUUUCCUCCUGAUGUGUUAAACAAUCUUCGUUUAUCUGGUUUACCUAACCAUAAAUUAGCACUGAAACUUAGUGCUCCAGUGAUAUUACUCAGAAACAUUGAUCAGGCAAAUGGAUUGUGUAAUUGUACACGUUUACAAGUCACGAAGCUCGGAAAAGUUGUGAUUGAAGCAAAAAUUAUCACGGGGGCUAUUAUAGGUCAUCAUACUUUGAUUUCAAGACUGAAGAUGACACCUUCUGAUAAAAGAAUACCAGUAAAGAUUUCUCAAAGACAAUUCCCACUUUCACUGUGUUUUGCUAUGACAAUAAAUAAAAGUCAAGGACAAUCAUUAGAGCGUGUUGGUUUAUAUCUUCCACGUCCAGUGUUUAGUCAUGGCCAGCUUUAUGUUGCUGUAUCUAGAGUAAAAAGUAGGAAGGGGUUGAAAAGUUUGAUUUGUGAUAAAGAGAAACAAGUCUGUACAACCACUACUAAUGUGGUUUACAAAGAAGUUUUACAAAAUCUAUGA